AUGCCUUGUAGGGACAACACGCAUGAACACAUCUGGCCUCGAGAGGGCCUACUUGAGAUCCAAAGGUGCGAGAUCUUCUGUGGUUACUGUACUGGAGAUGCUGCCAGAGUUGAAUACUCAUGGCCCUGGGAGCUGCGCGGCCACAUCAGAGAGAUUCAUCGUAGUGGUGAGGGCAUGACUAUCACAGUCAGCCCUCGACCUCCCAAGCCCCAUGUGCCCACUACAUCUGCCAAGCGCAAGAUUUCAGAAGUUGAGCAGAACGAUAGCGAAAAUGACGAAGACGCAGAGAAGAAUGAAGACAACUCUUCCAAAGAUCCCGAUUACGAAGAUGGCAGCAGCAAGAAAAAGGGAAAGGCCAAGGCAACGGCUAGCUCUGACACCAAAGCACCUUCUGACCUCUCUGCUGGAAACGCUGAAAAGGACACCAAUGGAUCUCCAGCAUCUCUUCGUCUCCGUGCUAGGCCCAUUGCCAAAGCUAAGAAGACUUCUCUGAAGGACCAUGCUGCCUCCCUCAACCCAAUCGGCCCCAACCCAGGUCCACCUUCGCCCAAGCGUGCCAGACAGACGGCUUCGAUGGGCCCUCAAGCUCCUGUCUCCAUGAACAACUACUUCAUACCCACUGCUCAGCAGGCGGCUGUUAUGCGUCAAGAACUGUACGGAAGAAAUAUGCAAGACGCCGCAGCAGCUGUCGGUGGACACAUGAAUACCAGUGGCCAGGGAUUUGCAGGUUAUCCUCAGCAGAAUCCUAAUUAUGUCCAAGGUUCUGUCGGCAACAUGGCACCUCGCUUUGGCAGCAUGGGUCCUUCUACUGGCACGAUGGGUCCUCUUACCGGUAGUUUGGGACGUCCCACAGUCAACAUGGGUCCUUACAACAGCAACAUGGUACCUCGCAUGGGCAGUCUGGGCCCUUCUACAGGUUACAUGGGUGCUCCUCCAAUCAACAUGGGCCUUCGUGCUAGUAGCAUAGGUCCCCGUGCUGGCAGUAUGGGUCCUCGUAUGGGCAGCAUGGGUCCUCACCCACCCAACACAGUUCCUUACACAAACAACACAGGCCCUCCCACCAUCAACACCAACCCUCCCAUCAUGGCUCCUAGACCAACUCUUCUACCCAGUCUAACGCACGGCCCCAUCAACCAACAAUACCGUAUGACUCCACCACCACCACAGACCCAAAACCUCUACGCCAACCACCCCAACUUCAUCGCGCCCAGUACCCGCAACGCCAAUCACGCUCGCAUCCGUGACUUGACUGCUCAUAUGCUGACCGAUGACAACAUGAGCGAGCUUGCUGUCAUCAACCAUUACAAUCACGAGAUUGAAUAUUUGAGGGAGUUGAGGGUGAAUCGCUUGAUCACUGCUUCUCAGAUGCAGCAGAGGGGUUUCGUUGGUGGUAUGGGAGGGCAGGGUCAACCUCCUGCUGUCCAGCAGUGGGGUGGGUCGCAGGGGAUGGUGCAGCAAGGUGGUGGUCAGGGAUCUGGUCAGCGUGUCGUCUUCUCAGGCCCGCAGCAGCAGUCUGGCGAGCGCAAUUUCUCUGGUGGUCAACAGGUUGGUUCGCAGCACCCUGCUGUGCAGCAACCCGCCCCUGUCCCUGGCCCCUAA